AUGGCGAGCGACAGCGACGUCGACGAGGACGAGCUCCUCCAGAGGGCGCUGCAGGAGCAGGCGGCGCGGGACCUCAGCCACCAGCGCCCCGCGGGGGCCGGCAAGCCCGUCGUCAACCUCGUGCGGCCCCCCGCGCCCGCGUCCCGUGGCGCCGGGGCCAACGGCCGCGCGGGCGGGGGCCGGGGCCCGGCCAAGGCGCGCCAGCCCAGCCGCGGCGGGGGCGGCGACGACGACGACGACGACUCUGAGGUCGAGAUGCUGUCCAUUUCGUCCGGGGACGAGGACGUCGCGCCCUCCCGCGAGCGCGGGCCCCCGCCGCCCCGCGGCGGCGGGCGCCCCGGGGCGCGGCGGGCGGCGUCGAGGGACGAUGGGGAUUUCGACGACGACGAGCCCAGGAGCUGGAAGCGCGUCGACGAGGCCGAGCUUGCUCGCAGGGUUCGGGAAUUGCGUGAAGCAAGGGCAGCUCCUACAGUUGAUCAGAAAGAUGCUGCUACAGCAGCUCAGAAGGCACUUACAAGCAUACAGACUUUACCUAGAGGAGUAGAGGUUUUGGACCCUUUGGGCCUUGGAGUCAUGGAUAAUAAGUCUCUGCGAUUAAUCACUGAUGCCUCCGUAAGUUCUCCUGUUUCAAGGGAGAAGGCUCAGGGUUUGGACCCCAAUAUGCGAGAGAAAGUUAUAUAUUCUUCUCCAAAUUUCGACCCGAAGGUUUUUCUUUCAUGGGUUCACAAAGACACAAGUGCUGCUGACUUAGAGUCGGGUGCUCUUACCUUGAAAACUGAUCUCAAAGGGAGAACACAGCAGAAAAAACAAUUAGUCAAGGAGAACUUUGAUUGUUUUGUUUCGUGCAAAACCACGAUAGAUGACAUUGAGUCGAAGCUGAGACAGAUAGAGGAAGAUCCUGAAGGUGCAGGGACUGCUCACUUGUACUCAGUUACCCAGAGAAUUAGUGGUGUAGCAAAUCGUGCAUUUGAGCCUCUAUUUGAGAGGCAGGCCCAAGCUGAGAAGAUCAGAUCUGUUCAAGGAAUGCUUCAGAGAUUUCGGACAUUAUUUAACCUGCCGAGUGCAAUUCGCGGGAACAUUAGAAAAGGAGAAUAUGACCUAGCUGUCAGAGAAUACCAAAAGGCUAAAUCUAUUGUUCUUCCUUCUCAUGUGGGGAUACUAAAACGUGUACUUGAGGAAGUGGAAAAGGUUAUGCAGGAAUUCAGAGGCAUGCUAUACAAGUCCAUGGAGGAUCCUCAUCUUGACCUCGCUGAGCUUGAGAACAUUGUCCGGCUGCUGUUGGAGUUGGAACCUGAGACAGAUCCAGUGUGGCAUUAUCUUAAUAUUCAGAAUAGCAGAAUUCACGGAUUGUUUGAAAAGUGUACCAUAGAUCACGAAGCACGAAUGGAGGUUUUGCAGAAUAAAAUUCGUGAGAAAAUGCUAUCUGAUUCAAAAUGGAGGCAGUUACAACAAGAUUCAAAUAAAUCAUUGGAAGUUGAUUCUGCUACCGGUGACUCUUUUCAAGAUGAUCAACUGUCAGCAAACAUUAUGGCUGAUGAAGCUGAUAACUUAAGGGCAGCCUACAUUCGCAGGUUAACUGCUGUACUUAUCCAGCAUGUUCCUGCAUUCUGGAGAUUAGCAUUAUCUGUCUUCAGUGGAAAAUUUGCAAAGGCAGCUGCUGGAAAUGUACUUUCUGAUUCUGACAUGAAUACAAAACAGAGUGUAAAUAAGACUGAUGAUAAAGGUGGAGAAGCAAAGUACACAAACCAUACUCUUGAUGAAGUUGCUAGUAUGGUUCGUGCUACUGUAUCUGCUUUUGACACCAAGGUUCAGUGUACUUUCCGUGAUUUUGAGGAAUGUAAUAUUCUUCGUCCGUUCAUGGGUGAUACUAUAAAAGAAAUAGCUAAGGCUUGCCAUACUCUUGAAGGGAAAGAUUCAUCUCCAACUGCUGUUAAAAUGUUGCGCACCCUUCAUUUUGAAAUGACGAAACUUUACAUUCUACGACUCUGUUCAUGGAUGCGGGCUACCACUAAGGAGAUAUCAAAAUAUGAGACUUGGUUUACUUUAACCACCCUCGAGAGGAACAAAUCUCUCUAUGCAAUUUCAAGCAUGCCCUUGGAGUUCCGUGAUAUCACAAUUUCGGCAAUGGACCGAAUUGAUUUCAUGAUUCUCAAUCUGAGGAAUGAGACUGCCAAGUCUUAUGACAUUUCUCAACAGCUCCUGGAAAUUCAGGAAUCUGUCAGACUUGCAUUCCUGAAUUCCUUUCUGGAUUUUGCAAGUUAUCUUGAGAGGUUUGGAGGGGAACUAGCUCAGGGCAGAUCAAAUAAAGAAAACAACCAUACUCAAAAUGGAUAUGCAAAUGGUAUCGACAGAGAAACAUAUGCUAGCAUGGAUGGAGAUUUGUACAAGAAGCUGUUGGUUGUUCUGAGUAACAUUGGGUAUUGUAAAGCUGAACUUUCAGAUGAACUGUAUACCAAAUACAGGCACAUUUGGUCCCUAGUCAGGGAUAAUGAUGAGCGUAGUGCUGACAUGCGAGAUCUGAUGACUUCUUUCUCAGCAAUUGAGGAGAAAGUCCUGGAACAGUAUACUUUUGCAAAGUCAAACUUGAUCAGAAAUGCAGCGACAAACUAUCUGUUGGAUUCUGGGAUUCACUGGGGAGCAGCACCAGUAGUAAAGGGCAUCCGAGAUGCAGCUCUUGAUUUACUACACAUCCUUGUAGCCGUACAUGCAGAGGUAUACUCUGGUGCAAGGCCUUUGUUGGAGAAGGCGAUGAAAAUUUUGGUCGAGGGUUUGAUUGACAUCUUUCUUAGUAUUUUCCAUGAGAAUAAAAUCAAAGGACUUAGACUGUUGGAUGCAAAUGGUUUUUGUCAGCUCAUGCUCGAGCUUGAAUAUUUUGAGACUAUACUGCGGACAUACCUAUCAACUGAGGCAGAGCAGGCUCUGAGAUCCUUGCAAGAGAAUUUGUUGGAGAAGGCCUGUGAAAGUGUGGCUGAAGCCUUGGAGAAUCCUGGACAUCAUCGUCGGCCAACUCGUGGCAGUGAGGAUGCUGCAUCAGAUGAUAGACAAUCUAUAUCACCUGAUGAUUUGCUUGCUCUUGCUCAGCAAUGCAGUAGCGAUUUGCUUCAAGGGGAGCUGGAGAAAACCCGGUUAAAUAUAGCGUGCUUCAUGGAGUCAACUCUCCAAUCAACACCUGCACCGGCAGGAUCAAAACCCGCUGCUUAUCAUUCAUACCAGGCACCUGCGGCACAUCAACCAGUUCAAGUGUCCUCCCCUAGUUUUAGAAGGCAACAGACAAGUACAAAUUCACCUGUAAUCUCGAGGCGACGUAGAUGAAGAAAAUGUUGAGAACCAUUCCUUCAUCCACAUGCCUCUUGCCCAAAUUCUCUAUUUUCUUUGUUUAUCUUGCAUUUGCUUUCGUUUGUUACAUGUAAUUAGCAUCAUGUUGUCAUGUAUUAUGAAUUUUGAUCCAUUCUUUUGGUGUUGUAAGAUAAAAGGGAUGUACAGGGGCUGCUGUACGGGACUAUCUACUUGUAUAAUUUCCAUGAGCCUGGUAUUAUUGUUGUCAUGUUUUCUGAAGAUACCAUCUAAACUUAACCUUCUGCAA